AUGGCCGAGUCCUUAUCCUUCUUGAGCAACGAACCCGUAAAUGGCAACUACGAUGAAGAAAUCGAGGUAGCGAUCAGAUCUAUUCAGGAAGCAGCUGCUAUAGGCAUUUCUGAAGUGGUGGAUGCUACUAAAACUGAUCCUGAAUUACAAGCUGUUAAGCAAGCCAUCAUGGAUCAAAACUGGUCGUCAGAUAAGGUUAAACCAUAUUCUGCGUUCAAAAAUGAAAUUUCACACGCAAACGAUCUAGUGAUGCGAGGAUCCAAAUUAGUGAUUCCAGUUGCGCUAAGAGAGAGAAUGCUAAUACUCGCACAUGAAGGACACCCUGGGCAAACGUGUAUGAAGCGACGUCUACGAGACCGUUGCUGGUGGCCGAACAUGGACAGUGAAGCAGUGAAGAUAUGUGACUCGUGUGAAGGUUGUCGAUUAGUGCAAAUCCCGGAUCCUCCCCAACCAAUGCAACGACGUCCCUUACCGGAAAAACCAUGGGUGGAUAUCGCCAUUGACUUCCUGGGGCCAUUACCAACCGGCGAGUACAUCCUAGUAGUGGUUGACUAUUUCAGCAGACAUGUAGACUUGGAAAUUAUGAGAACAAUUACGGCAGGAGAAACCAUCAAGCGUCUAACGACGUUGUUCAAUCUAUGGGGCGUUCCGCGAACAAUUACGUUAGACAACGCCAAACAAUUCGCCAACGGAGAGGUAGAACGCCAGAACCGAUCCCUCCUGAAGCGACUGAAAAUAGCAGAUGCGUUGUAUGGUUAUUGGAAAGCUGAGAUGCAGCAGUACUUAGAAAUGUACAAUAACUCACCCCAUUCAACAACAGGGAAGGCCCCGAAUGAAUUGUUGCAAAAUCGCAGACUUCGCAGUAAAUUUCCUGACUUUCAAGAUCUGGAGACAUCUGUAGGUUCCUCGGAAUAUGCAGAUAAGGAUGCAACCCAUAAGCUUCAAGGCAAAGAACGAGAAGACGCCAGAAGAAGAGCGAAACCAAGUGACGUUUCAGUAGGUGACACAGUACUGAUGCGUAAUCUACAUCCGACAGAUAAGCUUUCCACAAACUUCUUACGUGAGAAGUUUAUUGUGGAGCAGCGACAAGAUUCGAAAGUGAAAGUCAAAUCGACGGAAACGGGUAGAACUUAUGAUAGGAACGUAUCCCACUUGAAAAAGGUUUCAGACCCUUCUGAGAAGAACGAACAACCAUUGGAGCUGGUACCAAAAGAAGCCACCUGUGCUCAACGACGUUCAGAACGUGUUCGUAAGCCACCAUCGCGAUUCAUCUAA